CAGCUUGUUGCCGAAAAAGGUUUUCGAAUGUUUGGGGGAAAAACGAACUAGUUGAAGCCGGGCACUUUGGGGAUACUUAUACAGUAACGCAUGAUGGGCCUUGAAGAGCUUGAUGGCGGUGACAGAUACUUAGUGCUACACUGGCUUAAUGAACGUGACAUCCCCAACAACUCCGACAUUGACUGGACAACACCGCAUAUCAAAAAGUCAAUGCAGGAUGUCUACCCGGUAUUCCUGUUUCUGUUCGUACUGGUGGGACUGUCCGGGCUACUGGGAAACCUGACUAUCAUUGCUGUUGUCAUCAAACGGGGGAUGUACAAAGACCCUCUUUUCUUUCUAUUAGGCAAUGCCGCACUUUCAGAUAUUCUUAAAUGCCUAUUUGUUUUGCCGAUAUCAGUUUCGAAUCUGACUCUCCAGGACUGGAUAUUUGGCAGCUUUUUGUGCUAUUUUUUACCCAUGAUGCAGAGUUAUCCCAAUCAUGCCUCAAUGCUCACAUAUGUCGUAAUCGCCAUUGACCGUUACAGGAAGGUUGUGUAUCCAAUGAAAUCACGGGUACCCGCGGGCCUGUGCAUCAUUGCCAUUUGGGUUGUGUCGCUUUGCUUGGUCCUACCCUAUGCCGUAUAUGUGAAGUACCUUGAUAUUGGCUACUACCUACCGUUAUUAAAAGGAGCGGCUAUUUGCGGCCUGAACCACGAAACUCGCACUGAGGACUUCGUACGGGCUAUUUUUGUCACACUCUACAUUUUGCCUUUGGCUUUCAUCAGUUUUCUGUUCGUUAAGGUUUCAGCUGACCUAAAAUCGCAAGAAACGCCGAACAGCUUCGAGAAUUCGUGCCGCGAACCAGUGAUAACUUGGUCUCGAAACCAUGGCAUAGAAGCAGAAGGUAAUAGCGGAGAUUCCAAUAAUUAUUCUGUUUUUGCAGAAGAGACGGAUGAUUUGGACGUACGUCAAGAGAAGCAGACCCAAAAGUACCUUAUCUGCAUGGUGGUGACAUUUGGGCUGUGUUGGUGGCCAGUGCAGAUUCUUGACUUGGUAACCAACCUUGUACUUGAAACCGAAGAAAAUACGAGCCAUUUUGACGUCACUUACACUACAUUCGUCCUUUUUGGGUUCCUCUCAACGUGCUCAAAUCCGAUUUUGUUUGCAUCUUGGCAAAUGUCUCACUCUACGAAAGACAGACUGAAAGGAUACUUUCACUUCAGCGGCAGCAGAAGAAGACAUGAAAGGCGGCAGAGUGAGUCCUCCAAGCUGACUCAAGGGUCGUACACUAUAGACAGCGAGAUCAGCAGAAUAUCUAACCAAGAUUGAAGACAAAUGUAGCGAAGACAUUCCAUAAUUAUGUCACUCACCUUCUUUACACAAACAUAAGAACGCUUCGAAUCAUAUGUUUGUAUCCGUGUGUCGCGUAUUCCUAGACAUACAUAAGGACUAAUGGAUAUAAACUGAGAAGCACAUGUCAACGGAAGUGACUUUAUUCGGACGCAUCGGUAUAUCUGGAUGAAAUGUCGUAAUGAACAUUCGCACAGACGACGCAAAAUUCCACAGACAUAACAACCGUGCGUCAACGAGAAGAAAAACAGAAAAAGAAAAAAAUCAAAAGCAAGAAAGCAAGUAAAUAGAAAGGACGACAAACAGAAAUCGGCACGCGUUUUCAGAUGCUGCGCAUUAACGAAGAAGACAGAAAGAAAGAACGAAAAGAAAGAUAGGAGAAUCGGACAGAAAUAACGAAAAUAGAGAAAUAUGUAGCUAGUGUGAAAUCCCACAGCUGCAAUACAAUAUUAGGCCCCAUGGCAGCUGACUGGCUUUAAUGCAAGUUGCACCUACGUGGCAGUCACAACAGAUAUCCAUAUUUGAGCUUAUUGUGCGUGACAUUCCACAUGAAGGAUUUGUUUUUGACCCAGUGAAACGUUAUCAGAAUAAGA